AUGCAUCCGGCGGAUAUAAUGCCGACGAGGGAAACCAUCUCAGCAGUAGCAAAAGAACCAGGUAAAACAACGCCGCUGGAAUUAAGGCUGCAGCACAAAAACGGCCACUAUAUCUGGUUGCACGGCACCAUCAGCAAUCUGUUGCAGGAACCCGGUGUUGGCGGCAUGGUUAUCAACCUGCGCGAUAUUACUGCACAAAAAGAAGCAGAAGAAAAAAAUGGCCGUGCCAACCGUUUGUAUUUUUUCAUCAGCCAGAUUAACCAGAUGAUUGUGAAGACAAGGGACGAAGCGACGCUUUUCAAAGAAGCCUGCCAGAUUGCUGUUGAUAUUGGAAAAUUCAGGAUGGCAUGGAUUGGACUGAUAGAUCCGUCUACGAAAACACUGCAGCCGGUUACCUACGCAGGGGAAGAAGAUGGCUACCUCACAAAAAUAAAUAUCAGUUCUGUGGGCGAAAAGCCUGAAGGAAGGGGACCUACCGGCACCGCAUUAAGAGAGGGCAGGUAUAUUGUUUGUAACAACAUUGAGCAAUCGCCCGAAAUGGCACCCUGGCGGGAGGCCGCUAUUGGCCGCGGAUACCUUUCCUCUAUAUCGCUGCCCAUAACAAAAUCAGGCGCUGUUGCCGGUGCUUUUACUUUGUACGCCCCGGUAACAGAUUUUUUUAGUGCAGGAGAAAUUGAUUUGCUGAAAGAAGUAACCGGCGAUAUCUCUUUUGCAUUGGGGAUUUUUGAGACCGAAAAGCAACGGAAGAUGGCAGAAGAAGAACAGGUGAAAAGUCAGCAGCGCUACCGAACACUUACCGAAGUGGCGCCGGCGGGUAUUUUUCAUACCGAUGCCUCCGGCUACACUACUUAUGUAAAUCCAAGGUGGUGCCGUAUUUCGGGCAUGUCUGCCGGCGAAGCGCUGGGUAACGGCUGGCUGAAUGCAGUGCACAAGGAUGAUAAAGCGGGAGUUAUCAGGGGUUGGGAGGCUGCUACAAAAAAAAGUGAUCUUUCAUUUUCAGAAUACCGUUUUGUACGGCCCGACGGGAGCAUUGCAUGGGUACUGGGCCAGGCCAUACCGGAACGCGAUACUGAAAACCGGAUUAUUGGCUAUGUAGGCAUUAUUACAGAUAUUACCGAACGCAGGGAGGCGCAGGAAAAAAUUGACAAUAUCUACCGGGAAAAAGAAACGGUACUGAACCGUAUCAGCGAUGCCAUGAUAUCUAUUGACAAUAAUUGGCGGUACACCUUUAUCAACGACGCGGCAAUGACCGACCACCCUUUAAGCAAAGAAGCCAGCAUUGGUAAAAUUAUCUGGGAUAUACACCCUGAAAUGAAGGGCACCAUUUUUUGGAAAAAAUACCACCAGGCCAUGCAUGACAGAAAAGUGGUGGAAUUUGAAAACUUUUACCCGCCCUUUAACAGGUGGUUCUCCGUAAAAAUUUACCCGGCAACUGACGGACUCACCAUCUUCUCCAGGGACAUCACAGAAUACAAAAAAACUGAAGAACAAAUUCUUAAAAAUGAAAUACGACUGCGCAAAGCGCAGGAAAUUGGCAAGAUGGGCUACUGGCAGCAGGAGCUGAACAGUGAUAUUGUAUGGGCCUCCAAACAGGCGAUGACUAUUUAUGGCUUCCCGCCGGUAGAAGGAGAACUGACCAAGGAACAGAUCGCGGGCUGCAUUGUUGAUAUAGAUAAAGUACAGGAAGCUUUUACCCAGCUGGUGGAACACAACAAACCUUAUAAAAUUGAACUGCGGAUUAAACCGGCCGACGGUGGUCCUCUAAAGUACAUAUCUGCUUUGGCUGAGCUGGAAAAAAACGAACAUGGCGAACCCGAACGCAUUGUUGGAACCUUGCAGGAUAUCUCUGAAAGGAUAAUGGCAAAAAACGAGAUUAUCAAAGAAAGGAUACUUUCCGAUUCUGUUAUCAACAGCCUGCCCGGCGUAGUAUACUUGUACAACAAAGAAUUCAGGUUUCUGCGCUGGAAUAAAAAUUUUGAAACUGUUACCGGAUACAGCGCCGAAGAAAUAAAAGAAAUGCACCCGCUCGAUUUUUUUGAUGAGACUGAAAAAAGUUUAAUUGCCCGUAAAAAAGACAGCACUUUCAAAUUGGGAGAAGCCAGUGUACAGGCCGCCUUUCUGCUGAAAACAAAAGAAAAAAUUCCUUACUAUUUUACCGGCAAAGCCAUUAAAUAUGAAGGAACCGAUUGCCUGGUGGGCGUGGGCAUCGAUUUUACGGAACGCAUCAACGACCAGCAGAAAAUAAAAGAAACCACGGAGCAGCUGCGCCAGUUAACUGCCCACCUGCAAAGCAUCCGCGAAGAAGAACGCAAAAGAAUUGGUCGUGAAAUUCAUGAUGAACUGGGGCAGCAGCUGACAGCUAUUAAAAUGGACAUUGCAUGGAUUGACAAAAAAACCCCUGAAGAAGCCGUUAUGCUGAAGGCUAAGUUAAGAAAUGUGAUUACCCUGCUGGACGGCAGCAACCAAUCCAUCAGGCGAAUUCUGAGUGAAUUGCGGCCGGUAAUUCUUGAUGACCAUGGCCUGGUAGAUGCUAUGGAAUGGAUAGGCAAACAACUGACCGGCCAUACAGGUAUUGCACUGAAAUUCACCAGUACCAGCGCAGAUGUUAUACUGCCGGAGCAGGUGGCCACCUGCAUUUUCAGGGUAUACCAGGAAGCGUUGACCAAUAUUGUAAGACACUCCGGUGCAAGUCGUGUAGCAGCUUCACUAUCCCUGGAAGGCAAUAGGGUAAUAGUAUCUAUUGAAGACAACGGCCGCGGCUUUACCCCCGGGGAGGUGCAGGGGAAUAAAUCGUUUGGCAUCCUGGGCAUGAAAGAGCGGGUACUUUCGCUGGGGGGGAUGUUUGAACUGGAAGCUGUACCCGGUAAAGGCACCAGCAUCAGUAUUGAACUGCCCAUAACUGUAUAA